GCAGUAGUCGCCAAGAGAAUCGACAAGCACGGCUCUGAAGAAGAAAAAUUAUCAAGCCUUUUCAAAAGAAUUUUGACCUAUGACGUCUUUUCCCGUUCUGAACACGAGAUCUAAAAUGAACCUGCUUGCAGAGAAAUUGAUGGGCUCUGCUGAAGAUCAGGUGGACAAGAUUUUAAAAGGCGAGGCGAUCCAGGUAUCCGGCUUUGAUUCAUCUCCUGAAACAGUUCGAUCAGUCGCUAUAAGGAAAAAUGUCUGCUAUAUUGUCAGCGCAGUCAUCUUUAAUGAUAAGAAUGAGGUCCUGAUGAUGCAGGAGGCAAAGAGAGACUGCUAUAAGACGUGGUAUCUACCGGCCGGAAGAAUGGAAGAGAACGAGACCAUUGUAGAGGGGAUGAGGAGAGAGGUGAAGGAAGAGACUGGACUGGAGUGCGACCCUGUCACCCUUCUGCUCGUCGAGGAAAGCGGUCCUAGUUGGAUCAGAUUUACAUUUCUUGCAGAGGUGACAGGUGGCAGUAUAAAGACUACAGCAGAAGCUGACUCAGAAUCCCUUCAGGCUCAGUGGUGGGACAGAGUUUCUCCCCUUCCUCUGAGAGCCAAGGACAUCCUUCCUCUGAUUGAGGCUGGCGUUAAGUAUAAAGAGAGCCCUUGGUUUCCCCACACCCUGCCUGUGGAACUACCAUGCCCAGUCAUCUGCCAAAGAGUCAUGGUAGCAUAUGCUGAGUCCAACAACGACUUGUGGUUGAUGCUUGCCGCUGGGGAACGUGAGCACCUUCCAGUCACAGCAUCUGGUACCCCUCCCUCCGAGAGAUCACAUACGGUCGAAGAAGCUGUUUACAGGCUAGUGAAGGAAUGCAUGCAGCUCUCGCAAGUAAAGAUUAAAACCCUGGGUAUUCUAGGACUGCAGCAUCACGGAAAAAACCCAGGAAACACGGACGGGAUCUGUUUUAAUACACUGCUGUCUAUCGAACACAAUUCUACCAGCGAUGCAGGCGAUGGGCUUCCUCCAGUGUUGAACAAUGACAAGUUCCGCUGGUGGAAGGUAGACAAUGACAGUCUGAAAGACAAGAUCCUGCAAAGACUGGCUUCGCUUUCUGUUGUUCCUAUCCAUGCCUUAUUUUAAAACCGAAAUACUACUGACUCAAGAGAUCAACGGAAGAGAAAACACAGAUACAGCAUGCAAGAACUGAGCACCUAACUUCCAUUAAACUUUGCACUGUACUGUAUGUAAAAAAUGAAGCGAUUUCUACUUAACGAAGAGCUGGGGAACAGGGUUGUUUGCUAGGCUUUGCCUUAUAAGAAUGUAUUGUUAAUAAUCUCAGGUGCGGUUAGGGUUUAGGAGUAAUACUAUGUUUCUAUUGUCCACUGUCACCAUGCUUAGAUGCAUGUUAAAAUCUUACAUGAUAACCUGUGCUAAAGAAGGGACUGUAAAGAUAUUUUACUCACCUUCAUGUUUGAUCCAUGUGUGCUCAUUUAGCCUUUUUGCAUGCAAUUCUCACUAAAGUGAAACCCACUGGUUUGCAGAAUGGAGACUACUUCUCACAGUGGAAAUCACAUCCAGAAACUGAACGGAAGCAACACUUUGAAACAGGGUUCCUCCAGUCUGUGUGCUUUUUGCCUGUCUUUUUUUGUUAUGUGUUAAGAUUUUACCAGUCACAUACAAGGUGGUGGGAUUAAACAUUGUAAACACCUUUAUAAGAUUCUGGAUUACACAAGCAUAUUAAAAGCUUCACCAAACCUUUAUAGAUGUCAGUCCCAUCUAAUUGGGGAUAUGUGGUUUUGAACAACUUGUGUUGGUGAAAGCAAUAGUGUGCUAAAUGCAGCCCAUGACUCCAUAGUUAAAUGCUGUUUUCUAACCAAUUAUGCAUCAAAGGCCAGGGACCACAAACCCCUAGCUUUUCCAUUGGAAGAAAAUGCACUUGCAGGGCACAUAUCUGAGUACAUCUUCUAGAAAUGAUCCAUUAGUACAGCCUUGAUUUGUUGUUAAAAUCUUCUCCUGUAAAUGUGUUCCAUUUAGAAUAAUGCACUCUAAGUGAUAAAUCUGGACUAUAUGACGUUCUUUUGAGAUUUAAUUCCCAUAAAACAUGCUUUCAUACACCAUACCAAACCUCGUGAGUCGACAAGUUAACACUUUUUCAGCACAUACUGUAUCUUAAGACUGCAAGUCCAAAUGCUGGUAUGUUGCUGCAUAGUAGCGAUGGCUUCUUUCCAAACUAAAAGGACAAUUAUUUAAAUAAAAGAAGUUACAUUCUUCAAUAAAAGAAGAUAAAAUGUCACAGCAGUAUGACAAACAUAAAACAGGUUCACAUGGAAUACUAUGCAUCAUUUUUUCCACAAAUAAUACAAAUCUUUAAAAUAUUAAUGGAAAUCUUCCACAACUGCAGACAACAGAUGUAUUUUUAAAAUAAAUCACCUAUAUAUAUGUAAUACUGUGAUUACAUAAAUAUCAUAAAGUACUUAAAACAUGAAAAAAAAAAAACAGCAGUGUCAUACAUUAGCAUGGCUUAUCUACAACAAAGUUUUCAACAGACAUGGACGAUAACCACAGCACUUGGACCAGUAAAAUAACUCUCCUGUAAUUUGUGUCGGACAAGGGUGCACAUGUGUCUAUAUGUUCUUGCAUAGUCAAUGCAAAUCUGCAGCACUGUUUUUUUCCUGUAUACUUCAGUUUUCU